AUGGCAGCAGGAAGUCACCUUCUGAAGCUUCCGAAUGAGUUUCAUCCCAUCCAGAUCCUCCAGCAAGUGGCAGCGCUUCUUCAAAAUGAUCAAGACUUGAUCAACCUCGCCGCUACUUGCAAGGAGGCGAAGAGCAGAGUCCUGAGUUUCGAGGGAUUGACAUGGAGAAGUCGCUUUCGAGCGAAAUACGAUCUGCCCCUGGAGGGCAGAACAUCUCGUGAGCUGAUGUAUGAAUAUCAGACUCGCGCAAUCGUUCUCCCCCAGAAGAUGAAUUUCAGACCAAGCAGCAAGGAGAGAAAAGCCAAGGAGAAGGCCUUGUGGCUUGAAGUCAUCCAGACAAUGCUCACAGAAGCAUUGGCUCUGCCUUUGCGAGGUGGCAACUCGACAUCCAAGAACUAUGCUCGAAUCCGCGAGGUUAUGGCCAACGUUGAGUUUUUGAACCAACCAAAGACCAAAAAGCCAUCAGAAGUCUUCCAUGCAAUUCAAAUCGUCGGUGACAUAGAAUAUAUGACUGCGCUUGCGUUCGACAGUACCAUAACGAUCCCCUGCCUUCGCACCGACUACGAUAUUGCUACCGCAUAUUCGUACAACGACGGAGAUAUGGUGCCUUUAGUACGAAAUGGAAGCUUCGAUUUUGCUGCCCUUCUGGACCUUCGCAGCUUUUGGCAACGUCAUAUUUUGACUCGUGAAGAGGCGACAUUCUAUGACUCCUUCUCUCGACUGCCUCGUAGAUUGAAGCCCAAAAUGUUCAAGGCCGACCCCAAGGCUGAAGGCCUCAGUGUUUCUUGGAUGGGAUAUUACUCCUGCAUUCAUCCCAUGCCAGAUACACUGACAGGACUCCAACAACGGCAGACUUGUGCUGACCUCGAUUCCCAUUGGGAUCAGGUCGACAUCCUAACCCUGAAGAUAACAUCCCAGUCCGAUGAGCCAUUCUGGCCUGAUGAAUGUAACGUGAUCAUUCCUCAAGAGGAAGGGGCACACCGGGAAUACUUCAGCGGCGUUCAGUCGACCUAUGGCUAUAAGAGCGCAGAAAACCCGCUGUUCGGUUUCACCGAGCCCAUCACGGCUGCUUACGGAGGAUUCCAUGGAUGGACUCGAAUUUGCUUUGCCAUCUGCGAACAGGUUGAUGGGGACGAACGCGGCACCGGGGAACACAAUUCGGCUCGCUGGGUUCACGGGUACGAAGCAAUCGUUAUUCCCGGAGGCAGGAUGAUGUUGGGACGGUGGGUCGAUAUGAAGGAACCUACCGGAAGUGGAAGAGGCCCGUUCGUUUUCUGGGACGUUUAG